CCGUGAGGCGCUGAAGCAGAGUUUAGCUGCUGUUCAGCAGGUCACCUGCUCACUAAGGCUCAGAUUGCACUGUUCCCUAAGCACAAAACAUGAACCAGUCCCGAUGGAUUGAAUGGAGGACUCUGAAUAUGAGCAGUAGUGUUAUGAACAUAUCUGAGCACCUCUCCUGCCCUCUUGGAUUUGGUCACUACAAUGCAGUUGACAUCUGUAUCCUUGAGACAGUCAUUAUUGUCUUGCUAACAUUUUUAAUUAUUGUGGGUAACUUAACUGUUAUAUUUGUUUUCCACUGUGCUCCACUCCUGCAUCAUUACACCACCAGCUACUUUAUUCAGACCAUGGCCUAUGCUGAUCUUUUUGUUGGAGUCAGCUGCUUGGUUCCUACUUUGUCACUGCUCCACUACUCAACAGGUGUCCACGAGUCCUUAACUUGUCAAGUUUUUGGAUACAUCAUCUCUGUGCUCAAAAGCGUCUCUAUGGCAUGUCUUGCUUGCAUCAGUGUGGAUCGCUAUCUCGCUAUAACAAAGCCUCUCUCCUAUAACCAACUGGUCACACCUUGUCGCUUGAGAAUCUGCAUCAGUCUCAUCUGGAUAUACUCUUGCCUGAUCUUCUUGCCUUCUUUUUUUGGUUGGGGAAAACCUGGUUACCACGGAGAUAUUUUUGAAUGGUGUGCUACCUCCUGGCUAACUAAUGCCUACUUUACUGGCUUUAUCGUGUGCUUACUCUACGCUCCUGCUGCCUUUGUCAUAUGUUUCACCUAUUUCCACAUCUUUAAAAUCUGCCGGCAGCACACCAAAGAGAUCAGUGACCGCAGAGCUCGGUUCCCUAACCACGAGGGGGAUGCUGCUGGGGAGGCUGGGCACAGCCCCGACCGCCGCUAUGCCAUGGUUCUGUUCCGGAUAACCAGCGUCUUCUACGUGCUCUGGCUCCCUUAUAUCAUAUACUUUCUGCUGGAGAGCUCCAGGGUGUUGGAGAACCCAGCACUCUCCUUCCUAACUACGUGGCUUGCUAUAAGCAAUAGUUUCUGCAACUGUGUGAUCUAUAGCCUCUCCAACAGCGUUUUCAGGCUGGGACUGCGGAGACUGUCAGAGACAAUAUGUUCAUCUUGUGUGUGUUUAAAAGACAGGGAUGUACGGGACCCUAAGCCAAGGAAACGGGCUAAUUCCUGCUCCAUUUAAAGAAAACUGGUACAUGUAAUCAGAUGCUGAGUUUUGAUAGUAUUUGUGGUGUCUGGAAACUUGCCAGAGAGAAAUGUUUACUUGAACAGCUUGCCGUGGUGUUAAGAGUGAAUUUAAAAGGGAUCCUGGUGGAAAAGGCAAAGGCAGCUGUAAGAAGGGUCACUGAACUCCUGUGAAAUUGUCAGGAGAGCAAGUCAAGAGAGAUGAUGAAGAAAGUCAGAAAUAAAAAUCUUCUAAAGGGCAUGAAGUAACUAGCACAUCAGAGGAGGUUCCUCAUAAAACAAAUUAGUUAGUUACUAUCUUACAUUUUCCCCCUCGUAGACAAGUUGUCUUUGUGUCAGAGUAUACUGUAGCCUUCAGAUUUUAAUGUAUUUAAGAGGAAGCAAUCAACACCACAGUAUGCAGCUAUCAGUAAAUUAUAUACUUGAGGACUGUAGUAGAUACUGCAGGUAAUAAUCAGCUCUACCUUUGCUCACAUAUUGUACAAUUUCAGUUGUACAAAAAAUCUGCAGUGCAUAAACCCUGCCCUGGGCAUGAUGACGCUUUGGGAUAAACUGGCACCUUGUGGUACAACUUACUCAGAAGCUCUCCCUCUCAUUUCCCCUUUCUUCCCAUGCUGUGCAUCCCUCUAUUCCAUUGUGUGCAGGUGAGUGAGUUUGAGAGCACCUGUGAGGUUACCUGAGUUCCAAACCAUUCUUUCUGCAGGAGGCAAUGGCCCUCCCUGGCUGGCUGCAGCUGCCCAUGUCCAAUGAUUUCCCAGUUGUUCACUCUCUUGACCCAUUUCAAUCAGCACACAGAGUCUGUGUAGUGUCCUUUAGGAUGUACUGAAGUUUUUCCUCACUGGUUCCACAGGUGCUCCUAAUGCAGAUAUGAUAAUGGCACACAGCAGUGUGCAGCACUGCUUAGAAAAUUAAACGUAACUGACUCUUUUCUUUGGGAAAUCUAAAGAGCUUACUGUUGUAGCUGUCAGUCUGUUGUGUGAACCUCCACUUGCACAUACUGUAUUUUUUUAAGAGAAAACAUAAAUUGUGGUCUGUGCCUAAUGUUUUCAUAGCACAUGGCGUAGGUCAAUGCUACAGGAUCAAAAAAUUUACACCUGCUUUAAGAUAAAUACUUCUGUGCAGCUCUUUAUUAGACAAGUGUUCUCAGAGGAGGUAAACAAAACAGUUUGGUGUUAAAUACAGGCUGAGAGCUUUGGUAUGUCCUUUUGUACUGAACUGACUUUCAGGUCCACUGAUGAAAUCUUUUUGAUUUUGCAAGGGCACACGUAAGGUUUGUGUAAUAAAUUGCCAGGGGUUCAGAUGCAUGCCAAUCAAUACAAUAUUUAGAUUACAACUUUGAACCAAAUGUAAUUUUCUUAGAUGGUUAUUGGCUUUUAAAAAAGGCCCAAUUAUUGAUUAUUGGUGCCUUUUAACACUGCACUAUUAUUCCUUCUUUCACCAAAAUGCAUAUGUAAAGAUUGUGCCUAUUACUUUUUGUAAUGAAAGCUGACCACGUGUGCACACUUGUGGUUUCACUCUAGAGCUCCCUUAAUACUGUAUUCUUUGUUCUGUUGAGGUGGUUCUGAACCCCUAUACAUAUUUUUUUUAACCUGUAAGAAAGUUGAAUCAAUGGAAUAAAGCAGUAUUAUGUAAUCAAACUGAGCCUUGGCGUUAGUUCCCUGAUGUUACAUGCUGUUCUCUGGGAAAGUCCUUUUGGGUUAGGACUUGAGUGAACUAUUUCAAAUCCAAAUUUCAAAGCUGCUUACUUGAUGUCUAAAAUGUUCGUAUUCUGGUUUCUGGCAUUCUACAUUUUCAAACGAGAUUUAUUGAAACGUUCCUUGAGCUGAGCUGUUGCUGACACCCAGCUCUCACAGGUAUUAGGGAAAAAUGAGUAGUGUCCUUUGCAUGGAUCUCAUAAUGCUCCAUGUCUACAGGAAUGUAAUUGCUGCCUUCUUUUGCCAAGUUCAUGUUUAUUUCAGGAGGCUCUUUUGGCUCACUGCUGCUCUGUAUGGUUGUGUAACCCCAACUCUUCCUAUAAACAUGACUUGGAUUCAUUUAGUUUUGUCUUUUUUUUUGUAGUUUUUUCCAAGCAAGGCUUAGACAAGGAGCAACGAAAUAUCUUAUUUCUCACAAUUCCCAGGGCUGGUUUCUUACCAGUAAAGUGGUUUUAUACCUGUGCUCCAGAGCUGGCCACUCAGAGCUUCUGAUUUUCAUUGGUGUUUCUGGUGACAAGUUUCUGUGGGACCUCCUGGAAUCCAAGGAAAGUUCUAGCAGGUGCUUUAAGUCAAACUGACAUU